GAGCAGAAACUGAGAAAGGCAAGGAGUGAAAUCACAAAAGAAGUGAGGCCACUUAAAAAAAGAGCGAUUGAGAGCUUUUUUCUUCUCUGCAACUGUGUUUGAUAAAAAAAAUUUCUUUCUCUUUCCCCUCUUCUCUGUAAUCCCCCGCUUCUCUGUAUCCCGUUCUGUCAAUCGUCUGUCUUUCAAAUCUUAUACUGAGGUUUGUUUUCUUGGUGAAACAGCCAACCCAUUUGAAAUUGAAAGCCAGGUGAUUCAGAAUAGAGAUCCAGGCUUAUUUUAUCUCCCUGUAUUUUAUUCUUUCUACAGUUUCAUCAACUUGAGAGGGUUUGUUUUUGGUCCCUCAAGGUUGGUCUUUUUUGUUUUUUCAAGCUUCACUAGGAUUUUGUCUACUCUUGCUGUUCAUAUAAAUCUAGUUCCUCCCCUGUUCUUGAAUUUUGUUAAGUAACAGGUUAAUUUUAAGAUCUUUGUCUUUUAGAUUGAGAAAAGGUAUGGCAGCAGCUAUAGAUUUCUACAAUAGCAGCGUAACACCAGGUUUCUCAAUUAUAGAUCCUUGUAGAGAAGAACUCAUGAAAGCACUUGAACCUUUUAUGAAAAGUGCGUCAUCAACCUCCCCUUCUUAUACUUCACCAUCUCCCUCUGCUUCUCCUUCUUCAUCUUCUUCUUUCUCCUCUUACCCUUCUUGCUCUUAUGACUCUCCAAUCUCGUCGCAGCCCAAUUUUUACUCUGAUUUUAGCUCCCCAUCUAAUUAUAACCAGAUGGGUUUUGAGCAAACAGGUUCAAUAGGGCUUAACCACCUCACCCCUUCUCAAAUCCUUCAAAUCCAAGCCCAAAUUCAUCUCCAGCAACAACAACAGCAACGGCAGAUUGCUAAUCUUACCACAACUUCGCACUUACUCCAUAACCAAAGGCUCAAUUACUUGGCUCCAAAACCUGUCCCCAUGAAACAAUCUGCUUCUCCUCCAAAGCCGACAAAACUUUACAGAGGAGUGAGGCAGCGGCAUUGGGGCAAGUGGGUUGCUGAAAUCAGACUCCCCAAGAACAGGACAAGACUCUGGCUUGGCACUUUUGACACAGCUGAAGAGGCAGCCUUGGCUUAUGACAAGGCGGCUUAUAAACUAAGAGGAGAAUUUGCCAGGCUUAAUUUUCCCCACCUUCGCCAUCAAGGAGCUCAUGUUUCUGGAGAAUUUGGCGACUACAAGCCUCUUCAUUCCUCUGUUGAUGCAAAGUUGCAAGCGAUUUGUCAAAGCUUGGCAAACUCGCAGAAACAUGGAAAAACAGAGGAGCAGAGUUCCGCUGAUGAUUCCAAAAAAAUUCUACCAGCUCCUACACAGGCGAAGAAGCAAGAUGAUUACUCCAUAAAAAGUGAAUUGAAAAAGGAGUUUGAGACUUUUGGAGUUGAAGAUUAUAAGGUGGAUAAUUCAGCAGCUUCAUCUGAUGAGUCAUUAGCUGGUUCUUCUUCACCUCAGUCUGAGAUUUCAUUCUUGGAUUUCUCCGAUUCAUCACAGUGGGAUGAGACUGAGAAUUUUAGUUUGGAGAAAUACCCAUCAGUGGAGAUUGACUGGGCAGCCCUCUAAGUUUUCAAUUACUAUGUAAUCUCUUUUGUCCAUUGUCUUUUCCAGGUUUACUUUUGGCGUCAUAAGUAGCUUCUGCAAUGAAGUUUUUGGCAUUUGCAGAGUUACAAUUAGGGUCAAGUCCUACAUAUAUGGUUAAGAAAUAGCUGGUUACAUGUUCCACUUGUAUGUCCAUGAGCAAUCUCUCCAUUUGGUCUUGCUGGUACUUUUUUUCCUAGCUUGAUCAUUGGAGAGUUUCUGAGUUGGGUUUGAAAUUUGAGGUCAGUGUAAUUAAGCAAUCGUCUCUCAAUAUAUCAAUGUAUCUUUUUCCUGUAAUUUUUGUAUAAAUUGUUAUUGUGUUUGCUUUA